UUCGGAUGAGCGAGUGGUGAAGAUUAAUCUUAUUACACCUUGAAGAAAGAUCGAAGUGCCGGUUCUUCUUUUGAAAGAGAAGGCUCUUGACUUAUGUGUGAAAUAACAGUGCAGUGACAUUACCACGUAUUAUUGCCUUGCGAGAUUUCGGCAAGGCUGUGAUUAUUGGAUUAAUGCUCUGAAUGACGGAUAUUCAUAUGAGAAGAGUGAGGAUGUUAUAAUCGUCUUCGCAGUGGCAUAGCGUCAAUAAAUCAGAAAAACGUUUUAAGUGCCUUUAUGCAAUAUCAAAACUGUGCCAAAAUGCUUGUCGACGAGGUGCCGCACAGCUUCAUGAAGAAGAAUUACAAUUACAGUCAUUGCCCGUUAAAGAAGCGGCCGUUUUAUUACACAUCCGAGGAUGAAGAAGAAGUUCCCGAAGCAAUCAAAGAAGAAAUAAUUGAUGUAGGAGUAGAUGAUAUUCCUGAACCUGAGAACCUCAGCACGAAGCCCGAGGAUCUCAGUAGAACCGCGGAUCGUCAUCAUAGUCCUCAUCAACAACAGCAACAACAGCAACAACAGCAAUCACAACCAGAAUCACAGGAACGCGCGUCCAGCAGGAUGCCACCUCCGAUUUUUAAAACAUCUCCUCCACCUUUGACGAUAGAGCCAUCCUCGCAGACUCACGCGAUGCACUACGUCCACCAGUUACAUCACUAUCACCAUCACUAUCCGACCAAGACUAUCACGCCACCAGCGGGAAUCGCGCCGACCCAUCGUCCACUGGUGAAGACAGCGCGAGUUGAAGUGAUCCAGCAUAAUGACAAUUCCACGACGACACCGACGGCGGGUGUGACGGCGACGUCGACACCGUUGCAUUUUAUGGCGAGCAAGGCACCUCUGGAGCCGUUGAAUCUAAACCCCUUGAUGGAGCCGUUGGCUCAUUAUCCUACGCCAGCCUGGACUCGCACGGGUCCACUGUAUCCGUCGCAUUAUUUGCCGUACGCUUCUCCUGCCUAUCAUCGCUAUCCUGAAGCGGAAUUGUAUUCGUCGUACCCGGUACCGGCGUAUCCGCACUCCUCUCCAGAACAACAUUCGUCAGUUUCGCCACCGCCCCACGGCGCAUUGACUUGCUCGACGAUCCAACGGCCCAUCGCCAGGAGCUACCCUCACUGGAGCAGCCCGGAUCAUUGUGGUUUGUCGCCUACAAGUUCCGUGGGUUCCGGAUCUCUACGAUCUCCGCCUCCCGUCACGCCGGAAGAUCUUUCCUCGCCCAGCAGUGAGAGCGGCAGGUCGUCCGCUGGCAGCACAUCCGCUGGAAGCAGCACGAUCGUGAACACGAAAAUAGAGAAAGGCAGUCCGAGCACCAAUGCAAAUACUUCCUCGAGCUCGACGUCGUCCAGAUAUCCAUGCAAACAUUGCAACAAAUCGUACUCGACAUUUUCCGGCUUGUCGAAGCACCAGCAGUUUCACUGCGCGGCUGCUCAAGGCCAGGCAAAGAGGUCCUUCUCGUGCAAAUUCUGCUCGAAGGUAUAUGUUAGUUUGGGCGCACUGAAAAUGCACAUUCGAACGCACACGCUGCCCUGCAAGUGCCAUACAUGUGGCAAAGCAUUCUCCAGGCCAUGGUUGCUUCAGGGUCACAUCCGGACGCAUACCGGCGAGAAGCCAUUCCGAUGUCAACACUGCAAUCGCGCAUUCGCCGAUAGGAGCAACCUCAGGGCUCACCUGCAGACCCAUAGCGACGUCAAAAAGUACUCCUGCGACAGGUGUAGCAAGACAUUCAGCAAGUCGGCUAUUCUUGCUAAAGUUUCGCGUUUCUGUGACCCAAUGACAAAUGUCGCCCGUUUUUAUUUCGCGGUCUCAAAGUGCCUUAGAAUGCAGUACAAAUGUCGAGUGCAGACCGUGGUUUGGAAUUUUAUUGUGCGUCGUGUUACCGCCGUUAUUAACGAAGACGCAGGUAAGGGAAUUUCGAAAGCAUGCGAUGUGGCAAAUCCAUGGGGUUUUAUGCGCGGUGUUUGGGUCGGAGCAUGUACCACCAAGGACGCGCCGAAGGUGAUCGUGCCGCACAUGCCGGGUGGUUACCAUGUUCGAGAAGGACAUGAAAGAAAAAAGAAAGGAAAAAGAGGCAGCAGCAGCGAAGUUAAGACGGAGUUAAAGUGCGCGGAUGAGACUUAA